UGGCCCUCAUCCAAUGAGAGGAGGGGUCAAACAGCAGCUGCUCUACUGCCGUGUUGGGAUUGGCUACCAUCUCCAGAUUCUGCCCAGUGGCUCUGUAGGAGGGGUCCACAAACCCACCGAGCAUUGUUGGCUGAAGGUGUUUGCGAUGAAACAUGGAGUGGUGGGGGUCAGAGGCGUGAAAAGCGGCCUGUACCUCUGCUUGAGUGCAGAGGGGCUGCCGUAUGGAGCGGAGAAGUUUUCUGACGAGUGCCUGUUAAAGGAGAACCUGGAGGAGAAUCACUACAACACCUACUCCUCCCUCUCUCACCCUGACAUCUACCUGGCUCUUUCCCAUAAAGGAGCGCUCCGGAGGGGCAACAGUGUGGGCCGCCACCAGUCCUGCACCCACUUUCUACCCCGGAGAACAGGCUGAUCAGG